ACUCACGCCUUCACUCCAGUUGGAAAGUUGUACUGGCUAAGAAACGCGUGUGUAAGGACGACAUUUAGCGGUAUCUCAGUCAAAACAGGAACAAAGGACUGCAGUUCUUCACAGAUCGAAGGUGGGAAUUGAGCCAUGUUUAAGGCAGUUCUGAAGAAGGGUCGAGAGGGAGGAGGACGAGCUAGCAAAAGAGAUGCAGGCAGUCAGCCUCUGAGCCCCAGUUUCCAUCAGAGGUUUGAAGAGCAGGGGAUUGUGGGUGUUCAGGAUCGGGGCAGUGUGCUUCUUCCAGUACAGCCGUAUCCAGCAGAGGAGAUGCUGAGGCCUAGUCUGACCAGAGGAGUGUCCGUCUCUCUACCCUCCUCCCCGCUGCUGCCUCCCAGACAACCAUACCUGUCACCCGUCCGGACCAAUAAGUCACCAGGUUCAAUCAGGACUCCCAAAUAUGUGGAGAAUCUUUGCGUUCCCGGAGCUCCUGUCACCUGCAGUCUGAAGAACAGGAAGAAGAGCAAUACUGAGCUGCUCUCGCCGGCCGAGUCUGGCUCUUCUCCGGCCGUCCAGGAGCUCAUGACACGAUUGGGCUUCCUGCUGGGAGACGCCAUCCCCACCUCAUCACAAACAAACAUGGAGGACAAACAGUGUAUAGUGUCCAGUCAGGGCGUGAGUCCCUGCUCCACUCUGACCAGCAGUACGGCGUCUCCCAGCGCCGAGAGCCCCUGCUCCACCUUACCUGAGAGCUCCUCCAACAGCAGAGCUCCGGUCAUCUGCUCCAGCGCCUGCUCCACUGCCACCUCCACCGUCAUCACCACACCCAGCUCAACCCUGGAGAGCAAAGACAGUGGAAUCAUAGCAACAGUCACCAGUUCUAGUGAGAAUGAAGAGCGCUGUGGAUCUAGUCUGGAGUGGGCGAAAGAUGGAGGUGCGGGUGUAAGAGGCGAGAGCGGGCGUAGCUGUAUUCCCAUCACUCCAGAGGAGCCCACGGUCUCUAGUGAAGUUCAACCGAGGACAAGCAGCACAGGCGGGGCGGCACCUGUUGUGACAUCACCACUGGAUGGACCAAUCACGUAUCACAGUGCCUCUUUGGUUAUGCCACGCCCAAAUUCUGUGGCAGCCACCAGCAGCACAAAGCUGGAGGAGCUGCGCUAUCUGGACGAGCAGAGGAACGCUCCGCAGCGCUCCUCCAUGCGUUUGCCCUGGCAUGGAGCUCACACGGGCGGCCGCAGCCAAGAGACCAAAGCUCGUCUCACACCCUACAAACCAGUGGACAUCAUGCUUAAACCCCUGCUGUUUGAGGUCCCCAGUGUCUCUAUGGAUGCUGUGUUUGUGGGCCGUGAUUGGCUGUUUCAGCGGCUGGAGGAGGUGCUUGCGGGUGGAGGAGAUGCCGAUGAGGGUAAAGGCGCUGUGAUCAUCGGUAACGUCGGUUUUGGAAAGACAGCAGUGAUUUCACGGCUGGUGGCUCUCAGUUGUCAUGGUGGACGAAUGAGACAGAUCGCCUCCAGCAGUCCUGAAGCUACACCUCAGAAUCGAGGGUCAGAUGCUGCUCAAAGCAGUCAGCUGAACCCUGCAUCACAGAGUCCCAUUCGCUGCCCCUCGACCCCAGAGACACACCGGCACAGAGAGGGCGCCGUCAAACGCCUGGCUGGCAAGGUGGUGGCGUAUCACUACUGUCAGGCUGAUAACACAUACACAUGCCUGGUCCCUGAGUUUGUGCACAGUGUGUCUGCAUUACUGUGCAGAGCUCCUCUUCUCAAUGCAUAUCGAGAGCUGUUACUCAGAGAAACACACUUGCAGAGUCUGCUCAGCUUACGCUCCUGCGUCCAGGACCCUGCAGCCGCUUUCCGAAAGGGAGUUCUGGAGCCUCUCACACUUCUGCGCAAAGAGCGGAAGAUUCCUGAGGAGGAUUACAUCAUCCUUGUGGAUGGACUAAAUGAGGCAGAGUUCCACAAACCAGAUUAUGGAGACACCAUCGCCUCCUUCGUCACCAAAAUCAUCUCCAAAUUUCCUGUUUGGCUCAAGCUGAUUGUGACUGUCCGGGCCAACCUGGUGGAAGUCACCAAUCUCCUUCCCUUCCCUGUCAUCUCUCUGGAUGAUUUCCAUGACAACAAGGACAUAACCUCUGACCUCACCUCUUACAUCCAACAGCGUAUCGACCACAGCCCCGACAUCAUCAGCAACAUUGCCAUCAAUGGCAAAGCCGACCCAGCAAACAUCUCCAAACUCAGCUCCCACCUGAUCGCCCGCAGCCAAGGCUCGUAUCUUUAUUUAAAACUAACCCUGGACCUCUUUGAGAAGGGUCACCUGGUCAUUAAAAGCUCCAGCUAUAAGGUGAUACCUGUGUCUCUGUCUGAGCUCUACCUGCUGCAGUGCAACAUGAAAUUCCCAUCAGCCUCAGCGUUUGAGCGGGUGCUGCCGCUGCUGAAUGUGGCGCUGGCGUCUUUGCAUCCUCUGACGGACGAGCAGCUCUUCCGGGCGCUCAACGCAGGCUUCAUGACUGGAGAACUGGAGUGGGAGGAUUUCCAGCAGCGCAUGGACGCUCUUUCCUGCUUUUUGAUCAGCCGUCGAGACAAAACGCGCAUGUUCUGCCACCCGUCCUUUCGGGAGUGGCUGGUCUGGAGGGCGGAUGGAGAAAGCACUGACUUCCUGUGCGACCCAAGAAGUGGCCACGCUCUGAUGGCCUUCAUGCUUUCUCGUCAAGAGGGAAAACUCAACCGUCAACAAACCAUGGAGCUUGGCCACCACAUCCUCAAGGCUCACAUAUUCAAGGGCCACAGUAAGAGAACAGGGGUUUCGUCGAGCGUUCUGCAGCCGUUGUGGAUCAGCUACAGCACAGACAGCCUCUCCGCAGCUCUUUCCUCCCUCAGAAACCUCUACACACCCAAUGUCAAGGUGUCCCGCUUGCUGAUCUUGGGAGGGGCGAGUGUUUGUUACCGCACUGAGGUGUUGAACAGUGCACCGGUGCUGUGUGUACAGUCUCAUCUGGGCCACCUGGAGAUGGCAGCUUUGCUCCUGGAGAGCGGGGCUCCUGUGGACGGGCAGUCAGAAAACGGCAUGACCUCCCUCUGCUACGCCUCAGCUGCUGGACAUCUGCCGCUUGUCACUUUACUCUGCAAAAAGGGGGCAAAGGUGGAUCAUGCAGAUAAGAGUGGUCAGUGUGCACUGGUUCACGCUGCUCUGCGGGGUCAUGCUGAGAUCCUGCAGUAUCUUCUGGAGCAGGACUGGAGCUCAGACCUGAAGAACAAGGCACUGCAGCAGGCACUAAUUGCAGCCUCCAGCAUGGGACACACACAGGUGGUAAAAAAGAUGCUGGCGUUGAACAAUGAUGAGUUUUCAGUGCAGAUUGAUGGUCAUGAUACGUUGUGGGGUGAAACAGCUCUAACAGCUGCUGCUGGACGGGGCAAACAGGAGGGCUGUGUGUUCCUGCUGGAUCAAGGUGCCAUUGUAACACAGCCAAACCGCAGAGGGGUUGCACCCAUCUUUAAUGCAGUGCGACAUGGACACACACAAAUUGCAGAGUUGUUUCUUCAGCGCGGUGCAGAUGUGAACUGCGGUGAUAAACAUGGUCGCUCUCUACUGAUGGUGGCUGCAAGUGAGGGACACCUGGAGACUGUGGACUUCCUGCUCUCAAAGGGAGCGUGUUUGACAGCAGUGGAUAAAGAGGGUCUGACCCCGCUUGGGUGGGCAUGUCUGAAGGGACAAAAGAAAGUGGUGGAGUUUCUGGUGGACAGAGGCGCUCAGAUUGACCACACGGAUAAGCACGGACGCACUCCGCUGGACCUGGCUGCUUUCUACGGAGACGCGGACAUAGUGCAUUAUCUGGUGGAAUGUGGAGCCGCGAUUGAACACAUGGACUACAGCGGCAUGAGACCUCUGGACCGGGCCAUCGGCAGCAGAAACACCUCAGUAGUGGUCACUCUGCUGAAGAAAGGGGCUAAACUGGGCUACCGAACAUCUCCUUAUGAACGCUCAGGUAACGCCGCUUGGGCCAUGGCCACCUCCAAGCCAGACAUCCUCAUCAUACUUCUGCAGAGGCUCAUGGAGGAGGGAAACCUGCUUUAUAAGAAAGGGAAGAUGAAGGAAGCCGCUCAGAGGUAUCAGUACGCGCUGCGGAAGUUUCCGAGGGAAGGUUUUGGGGAAGACCUGAAGGCAUUCAGAGAGCUCCGGGUUUCCCUCUAUCUCAACCUCUCCCGCUGCCGCCGCAAAACCAACGAUUUUGGCAUGGCUGAGGAGUUUGCUACCAAAGCUCUCGAACUCAAGCCAAAGUCCUAUGAGGCGUUUUAUGCUCGUGCCAGAGCCAAAAGAAGCAGCAGGCAGUUUGCAGCCGCACUGGCUGAUCUCUAUGAAGCGGCUCGUCUGUGUCCCAGUAACCGAGAGAUCAGACGUCUGCUGGCACGAGUGGAGGAGGAGUGCCAACACCUGCAGCGGCAGGGCUCUAAACACCCGACCUCUCAUGGCAACCCCUCACACCACGAGGACGACAAUGAGAACGACGACGAGGAAGAUGAUGAUGAGGUUGAAGAUGACGACCAAGACAUUGAGAGUUUGGAGAAAAGCCCAGACAGUCUCAGCAUAAACAUGUUGCAGGCAGAUGAUGAGGAGGAGCGGCGUGAGCAAGAAUCCUCUCGGCAGGACAAGAGGAAGGAGAGCUGGCAUCAAAGCCGCACAUUACCUGAUUCUCUCUGCCUGGCGUUAUCAGAUGCCCAGUCUGCCAUCUCCACUGCUGCCCCUGGACGGGUCGCACACAGGCGCCUCCCGUCCAGACAAGCUCAAAGCAUGAAGAACCGAGAGUACAGCAGUUCACUACAUGCUGAAGGCAGGACGCCACAGAGCGCCGGCUCCAGCCCGAUGCCAAGCCGGCACCGACCAACCUCACUCAGAGCAGGGCCCUGCAUUGACAUUGGUGGCCUUGACAGAAGUCCACUCGGUGAUGCCAGAGAGGGCGGCAUUCAGUUCAGUCUCGCAGAGAAGGCAGAAAUCAACAUCGAGCCAAGAGAGUUUUGCAGGAGCAGCAGUGUAAGAGUCUCCAGCUCCUCCAGCGGGAAUCUCACAGAUACCAGCCGAUUACGCAAUUCCAUGGCAAGCGCUCCAGAUAGGCAAUCUGAGCAUAAACCACGGCCCUUCAUGGGGGUCAUUGACAAAACUGCCCGUUUCCAACAGCAGCAGCAGCAAAGUCAUCACGGCAGCCUGGUGUCCAGUUACGGGUGGCCAGAAGGACUCGUAGGCCACAAUGUAGGUGUUGUAGUGAAUACGCACUCGCAGGGACUGACUAGUGACCUUCAAUACUCUAAAUCGAGUGCUUAUCAGGAGCCCAUCCACAAUAGCACACUUACAACUGAAUUUCAUUCUGGAGCGGGAUAUAAGGACACGAACCCUCUCCAGCAGCACUACAAUGACACCAAGCACAAGCAGGCCAGCUUGGCCCGGGACAACCCCAUCCUGAUCAGCUCCAUCAAGCCCAAACGCUCCUUUAUUGAGUCCAACGUGUAGCUACCAACUCAUUCUUUACCUUAAGCACAAAUUAUAUACAAUCUUACGACAUAAAUGUAAGGGGGCUCAGUUGAACUAAACUGAAAGGAUUUGUUCCAGGUAGGUGAACAUAAGAUUGCCUUGCAUUUCUGUUUACAGCUUCAGAGGUAUUUAAGCACAUUUUCAAUGCGCAACGCUGCAUCUGCACAUUAUAGGAGAGUGGAAAUAUGAUAGAGGUGGUUUAUUAAUGUAUUAAGAUACCUGACCUGGCUUUAGACUUCAAUAAGGACAUAGGACAUCUACCAAAAUGAAACACUGUCUCUUACAGUAUGAUUGUGGGCCAGUCCUGUGUAUUCAGAAAGCAUAUGCUGUUUGAAUGGUGAUGAGUGUGUGAGUGUAUGUAUGUAUGUGUGUGUUUCAAGGAGAAGCGUGUUGUAUUUCUUCCUAAACUACUCACUGUUUGGAUUAAUUUAUUUAUGGCUUGGUUGUCUGAUUAAAACAAUAUUAUAUUUUAUAUAUUAGUUAUUUUUGCACAGCUAUAUAUUAUGAAAUACCACUAUGAUUGUGAGGACGACAUGAACUGUAUAAAGGAGACCAGGUUUACAUGCAUGUUAUGGUGAACCAUAUUCAGGUGUCUAUAAGGACAUGGAUGUUAUUUCAUUAUUUGCAAUUUAUUUUAUGUAUAGGGCUGUUAUGUAUUGUAUUUGAAUAUUUCAGCAUCAUAUACAAUAAACCCCAGUUUAAGACUUA